AUGCUGCGGAAUCCUCGGAAACAGGCUGGGAUUGAAGAAGUGCGACGAAUCAUCAAAGAACAGAGUAGUCGGAAAAAUGUGAGCGACAUCAUCUACAUCCUUCUCCACCUUCUUAGUUUCAUCGCACUCACUUUGUCGUCGAUCGGAAUAAUUCGUCUCAGAAUUGCGCUAGAUUUGCGUUUUGUCGAUGUCCCGUUUCUCAUCAUCUACUUCUUAUUCUUCAUCGGUUUCUCUUUGGCUGCUUUAAUAAUGGCUAUCAAGAAUUGGAGAUUGUUCGAAGAAAUCAAGAAGUGCGGAGAGCCUAAUAGCAAAAUUAACGAAAAAAGUUUAUGCAUGAAAUUAUAA